AUACUAUGUCUAUGAGUGUUUCUGUAUUGCCAAACUCUUCCGUGUAUGAACUGUGUACGAUUCGGUCCGCAGUAGUAUCGCUGAUACGCUUCCAUCGCAUUACUAUUUGUAAUCGGAUAUUUUGUUUGUUUUGCUUGCAUUAAUUAUAUUAAUGUCAACUCAACACUCAGCAAAUACAAUAAGAUAGAAACAAUUUCUGCAAUUUUAUCUUUGCAUUAAAUAUCAAUCAAUCAGCAGUUGCUGGACAAUGGAACUUUCCGAAAUUCUAUGUGGCAUUGUCGCCGUAAUUAUUGCUCUUUAUUAUUACCUCAUAUCAACUUUUAACUUUUGGAAGUCACGUGAUGUUCAGGGUCCACAACCGAUACCGGGUUUUGGUAAUCUCAAAGAUGUUUUGUUAGCGAAAAUACAUUUGGGUGAUUAUGUAACGAAAAUAUAUAACGAAUAUAAAAACAAAGCUCUGAUUGGAAUAUUCUCGAGAAAGACACCUAUUCUUAUUGUAAAAGAUUUAGAUCUUAUUAAAGAUGUUCUUAUCAAAGAUUUUACCUGUUUUUCUGAUAGAGGAUUUCCUGUUACCGAAAAGGUCGAGCCGUUAACACAAAAUCUUUUCCAUUUGGAACCGAAGAGAUGGCGACCGUUGAGGAUGAAAUUGUCUUCUGUUUUUACAUCAAGUAAACUGAAGGAGAUGUUCUCUUUAAUAUCAGAAUGUGCCGAUUGUCUUGUCGAAUACAUGGAAAAAAUAGUAAGCAAAAGCGAAUCGGUAGAAUGCCGUGAAUUGACGGCCAAAUAUACGACGGAUGUCAUUGGCAGCUGUGCCUUUGGGAUCGAGAUGAAUGCAUUGUCGAACAAAGAUAGUGAAUUUCGUAACAUGGGAAGAAAAAUAUUCACUCCGACCUGGAAGAAUAUUUUACGAUCAAGACUGAGAACAUCGUUUCCGAACUUUUAUAAUAAGCUCGGUUACAUCCUGCCACAAACGGAAAUUACCAAAUUCUUUACACGUAUUGUUGUGGAAACUAUAGAUUACAGAGAAACGAAUAAUGUUAUUCGAAACGAUUUUGUUGAUAAAUUGCGUGAAUUAAAGAAACAUCCAGAUAAAUUAGACGAUAUCGAUUUGACAGAUUCUUUAAUAGCCGCUCAAGCGUUCGUAUUUUUCGGUGCUGGUUUUGAAACUUCGUCGACGACGAUAAGCAACGCGUUGUAUGAGUUAGCAUUAAAUCAAAAUAUACAAGAAAAUUUACGUAAAGAAAUUGAUGAGAUCUAUAUGAAACAUGGUAAAGAUUUAACAUACGAUAAUAUUAACGAAAUGAGCUAUUUAAAUAAAAUUUUCAAAGAAACCUUACGAAAAUAUCCAAUAGCGCCAAUUCUUAUGAGAAAAUCCGUAUCGAGUUAUACUUUUGAGAGUCCCAAAGUUAAUAUAUUAAAAGGACAAACAAUAUGGAUUCCAAUUCUCGCAAUUCAUCGAAAUCCGAAUAUUUAUCCAAAGCCAGAUGUUUUCGAUCCAGAAAGAUUUAAUGAAGAAGCUGUGCAAAGCAGACAUCCUAUGUCUUAUUUACCUUUUGGCGAUGGACCACGGAAUUGCAUCGGAGCUCGCUUUGCUGUGUAUCAGACUAAACUUGGACUUAUAAAGAUAUUACGGAAUUAUAAAGUUUAUACUUGUGAUAAAACUCCACUGCUCUAUGUAAACGAUCCUAAAAUGUUUCUAUUAUUAGUACCAAAAGAUGGGAUACAUUUAAAUAUAAUAAAAAUUAAUCAAACUUAAAGAAAUAUUUUUACAAUAUGUUUGCAUUGUAUAUAUAAAUUAAGAAAAUUAAAAUUUUUAAUAAUUUGUUGACUUCGCUAAUUUUUCGUGAAAUGCAAAAACAUCUUAUUCGAAAAUUUUGAACGGUGGUGUACAUCAAGAAAAAAUUCUUAUAAAUAUAUUUCUAUUAAAACUU